AUGGCUGCGACUUCGAGCAGACCUCCGAAGAAGAAAGGCGAUGCAGCGACUUCCACAGGGAGCACAGCACAAAACCUUUCGGAGAAGACUCGAGUUCGCCUGGUGGGCCUGGAAGCCUUUGUGGAGCUCAAUGACCAGCUGGGAACACUGCUUUCCUUCGAUGGCUCACGCGGUCGAUGGCAGGUGCGGCUGGACUCUGGGCAGGUGAAGAAUGUGCGGGUGAACAAUCUGGUGAACAUCGCCCCGAUUGCUUCAGAGGAUGGGAAGCCAGCCAAGGGCCUCAAGGCCCAGACUCUGGCGCCAGAGGAUGGGAAGCCAGCCAGGGGCCUCAAGCGAGCUUUCGGGGAGGCGCCCUCCCUGAAACCCCAGGCCACCCCCUUGCGAUUGCGAUCGAAAAGCAAGGCCAAGGUUCCCGAAGCUGCGCCGAAAGCUCUGGUGCAAAGGCCGACCAUCCCAAGACCGAACCGGCCGGCAGAGGGCCCAGCUGAUGAAGGGGGGCGAAGUGCAGCGAAGAAGCCCAAGGUGGCUCGUGAUGCCGCAACUCCAGCAGCUCUAGCAGGUAAGAAGCAAGAAGAGCAAGAAGAGGACGAGGAUGCACCGCUCUUCUCCGACGUCGAGGAGUUGGAGGGCGAAGAGGAGGUGUCAGAGACCUCCGAUGAAGACGUCGAUGAGGAGGAUGACGAAGAGUUUGAUUGGGAGCCGGUCGGCGCUUUGGAAAUGCCCAAGGUCUGGCCCCGGGAGGGCCCGAAGCCUGGCCAGGAGGGCUUUACGCAGCAAGCAUCCCGCUGCCUUGCUCAAGCGCGCCUGGGCACUCAAAGAAGCCCUUUUGCUGGCCUGGGAAUGCGGCUUCACCAGGAGUCCGCCUCCUUCCUCUUGCACCCAGACAGUCCCGUGGAGAGACUCCUCGUGGACCACGCCACUGGAACUGGCAAGACUCUGAUCAUGCUCCGUAUGCUGGACAACUACUUCGAUGACCCACGCCCGAAGGUCGCCAUCUUCCCGAAGCAUGCCGUUUGCGACAACUUCUACCAGGAGCUGCUGAAGUGGCCGACGCGAUGGCGCCAUUUCUUCUGCUUCCUGAAGCCGGCGGAGGCAUCGCUGGCCAGCGGGGCCAAAGACUGGCGCCGCAAGAAGUUCGACGUUUGGGAUAUCAACAACGACAAGUCUCGUGCAGAGGCCAAGACGCGAGGUGUGCGCCUGGAGAAAAUCAUCCGGGAGCUCACCGACAGUAUUCAGGAGGCAUUGGAGAUGAGGCAUGCCAUUCGUGGGGGCAAGGUGACCUCCAAGUUCGCUCGAGGCUUCCUCGAGGAGCACCCCGAUGCGCCGAUGCCCAAAGCGCCGCUGC